UGACGACAAUCCCCUUUCAGUUUCAUUUUAGGCGCUUUGGCUGUGAGUUGACUUAAUUGACGAUUUGAAUCACAAUUUGAAUCACUAUUUUGAAGCACUAAUGGCCGGCGGAAAAGCGGGAAAAGACUCGGGAAAAGCCAAGGCUAAGGCCGUUAGCCGAUCUGCUCGCGCAGGACUACAGUUCCCAGUGGGUCGUAUUCAUCGCCAUCUCAAGAACCGUACGACAUCUCACGGUCGCGUUGGUGCCACCGCUGCUGUCUAUUCGGCGGCUAUUCUCGAGUAUCUGACUGCUGAGGUGUUGGAGUUGGCGGGAAAUGCCAGCAAAGACUUGAAAGUGAAGCGCAUAACUCCCCGUCACUUACAACUUGCCAUUCGUGGUGACGAAGAGUUGGAUUCGUUGAUCAAAGCGACCAUUGCUGGCGGUGGUGUCAUACCACACAUCCACAAGUCGUUGAUCGGCAAGAAAGGCGCCACCGGACAGAAACCGACUUAAGUUUUCUGACCAUUAAAUUGAGUCCUUUGCCACUAAAUAUUCAUUUAAUCAAAUAAUGGCAUUUCAUUUAUUUUUAACUUUCAUUUUUACUUAAAACAUACAUACAUUAACAUAAUAUGUACCGAUAAAUAAUUUAAAUAAUAAUUAGCCGUUUAUUGAAUAACAAUUUUUGCACCGAUUUAUGAUAUGCUUAACUGAUAUUACUGUCAAAAUUUGAAUUGAACUGUAAUUUAAUUACUAUUUCGUAUGACUUUUACAGUUAAAACUUCAUAAUUCAUUCAUAUUUAGACAAAUAAAGCAACGCUUAUAUAGUGUUAAAAAAAGUUUAUCAAUUAUUUUCAUAAUUGUUUCA